AACGAAUCUAGGAAACCUGGGUUCGUAUUCUCUCACCUCUCUCUCACAUUCAUGCAACUGCAACCCACAACUGCAUCCGUUGAUUGUCUUCGUAUUACAUCGGCUGCGAUUGACAGUGAUUUUCUUGCGCUGUACAAGAUUCAUCCUACGUCACUCGCCCGUUUCGCGCUAGACCCGCUCUUCAACACCAACACACCUCCAACACACAUCACAAACUACUGCAAGAAAUCUGACUCAUCGACAAUCAACUCGUGGAACCCGCCCUGACGAAGAAGCCCCGCCAAGAUGCGCGGCUUCAUUCCCCUUCUUCUGGCCCUCUCCGCCUCUUACACCACCGUCACUGCUCUGCCCAGGCCUGUGAUCGUGGUCCGUGAGCCCGCCUCUAAGCCCAAGUACUCAGUAGUGCCUUUGGAACCCAGCAAAGGUGACGGCGACAAUUCAGGAUCAUCUGAAUCAGGAAGUGGCGAUGGGAACGAUGAGAGUACUGUAACCGUUGUCAAGACAGUUGUCAAGACCGACGAUCCCGUCACUCAGACAAUCACCCGCACUGGGGAGGCGGAGACUAUCACCGCUACAGCCACUGAGACCGCUCCAGCGAGAACUGUCACCAAGGAGACCCGGACGACCAUCUCUAUCAUCGACAUUAACCAGGACGUCACUACUGUCACAGUCGUUGCUUCCACUAGCACGACUUCCACCAGCUCGACUUCCCACGAGGCCGAAGAGCAGAGCGUGACGUCGCUUUCCACAUCCACUAUUCAGACAGAGGCUUCCGACGCGACUUCUAUCGCCAUCUCCGAGCCUACCACCCAGGUUUAUGUGCAGCCAGCCCCAACGGCACAGAGCUCGGCUGCAACCACUGAAUCGACAACUGAGACGACAACUUCUGUCACGGUAGCAAGCUUUACCACUGAGUCUACUGCUGAGUCGACAUCUUCUGUCACGGUGGCAAGCACCACCACCGAGAACUCUGAGUACACCGCCCCGGUUGAGACUGCAUCACCGAACGCCACGACCUCUGAGGAGACCACUCAGGCAACCAUCACCACUGAGCAGACGACCUUCUCCACAAUCCCCACCACCUUCGUCACCUCAGCCAUCAGCAUGUCUAGCGUCCCUGAGGCGUCUGCAACCCCUCAGACGUACGACGACGGCCAGUGGCAUACCACCUACCCCCCUAUCAACGGCACCUUCUUUGGCCGCUGAUUUACCACCUCCAAGAUUGCGAGAUGAUUUACGAAACAAGUCGAUGCAUUAGAGCAUGCCAUGUUUGAGUACGAAGCAUUGGGAUUAAUGGGAAAUGGGAAAUGGAAAGGGGCAUGGCGACCAGGAAAAUUACACAUGACACAGCAUCCUUGACGGCGCAUCCUCAGGAUUUUCUUUGUCACGCAUUGGAAGGGGUUUUAGAUAGCCGGAGAGAAGGCUUGCGUACCAAGCGCUGGGACGCCUCGUCAGACGUAAUGAGUAAUUCAAUAAGACAUUUUAGACC